AUGUUCCUCGCCAUCCUCAAAAUUCAAGAGCUGACCGCUGACCCCGAGAAUAGUAUCACUAACUACAACCUUGUUCUUGGUGUAUUGAGCACUUUCUUCCUCAUCACAAAAAUGCCUAUCCACUGGAUGUGCCUAUUUUAUCCUCCUAUUGCGGUCGUCAUCCACGGGUCCUUGAUCAUUCUCUAUAUCGUGGCAGCGGUGUACCAGGCUGGGUCUGACAUGUCAGACCCUAAACAUCCCCAGCCAGGAGCCCCGUGGUACAUUGCGAAGAGUUGCAAUGUUGCCGCGAAAAAGUCCAAUGUUAGAUACUGCAUGCAAGCCAAAGCGCUGUUUGCUGUGACCAUCAUCAUGAUCAUCUACUAUGUAGUUCACCUUGGCCUCAACAUCCACUCCUGCUUCAUCACCCCCGAAGAACGAGAAGCGAUACUGGAGCAGAGAGAAGAGCGUCGCAUCGAGAAGGAAUUCGAAGAAGAGAUCAUCAAGUCUCCCAGUAUGAUUCCCAUGCCUCCUGGCUCAAUGCCUCGAGGACCAGGCAUGGUUCCCCGCAUCCCCGGGGUUCCACCCAUGGCGUUUGGGGGAAAUAUCUCACCCUUCGCACCCCGUACGCUGGCCUUCAACCGACUUGGCAAUAGCAGCACAGCCUCGGAUCUCCCACUGCGGGACAAAUCUCGCGUGCAGGCUCAAUCCCCGCCGCCGCAAUCGAAUGAAGUCAGCCCAGAGAGUUCGACGGGGUCGCCGGUGCACUUCCCGCCGCCGCCACCAAAGAAGACUGCUGAUGCCUGA